UUUUUGUAGUAAAUUAUGAUCGGAUAUGAUCCGACAGCUAAGAUCCAUCUAUCACGGACAGAGUUUAUGUUAGCUGGUGGUAUCAGUGGAGCUGUUUGUCGGUUAUUGUAUCAACCAUUUGAUGUGUUGAAGAUUAGAUUUCAAUUACAAGUUGAGCCUAUUGAGAAGUCUAGCCAAGGAUCAAAAUACAGAAGUUUAACUCAAGCUUUCAGAGUUAUCGUAAAAGAAGAGGGUUUUAAAGCAUUAUGGAAGGGACAUGUCCCAGCCCAGAUUCUAUCGAUAGGCUAUGGAGGAGUUCAGUUUGCGUCAUAUGAAGUCUUGACUCAGGUAUUAUGGAAGUUAAUUAGUGAAGAUAAUUACAAUAAGUAUAAAUUCACCACCCAUACGUUGUGUGGAUUUGAAGCAGGAUGUCUAGCUACAAUUUUCAUCCACCCAGUUGAUGUCCUCAGAACUAGAUUAAUAGCUCAGGGAGAACCCAAGGUGUAUAAUGGAAUUGUGGAUGCCAGUUUUAAAAUAAUGAAACAUGAAGGUUUUAAGGGUUUCUAUAAAGGAGUUGUUCCUGCUCUAUGUCAGGUCGGACCUCAGAUGGGUUUACAAUUUGGUUUUUACGCUGUGUUGACUCAAAUGGUAGAAGGUUUGGUUGAAACUAGAAAUUCUUUUCAAGGUGUUUCAAGUUUUUUAUGUGGAGCAGCUUCAGGAAUAGCAGCCAAAUCUCUGAUCUUUCCUUUAGAUGUUGUGAAAAAACGCAUGCAGAUUGUGGGCUUUGAGGAAGCAAGACAUUCAUUUGGUGCCGUACGGAACUAUACAUUAUUACGCCAUUGUUUCAGAGCUAUAUUACUGGAGGAAGGAAUACGUGGGUUAUAUAAAGGACUCGUACCUGGUGUAAUCAAGGCUGGACUGGUGGCAGGGACUAAUUUUUGCAUUUAUGGUUCACUGUGUGAUUUAUUGUUAUCUCGACACAGAUGA